CUUUUCUUGUUUCUCAGCAUUUAAGGUUUUUAAGGAGACUGCAGAUAUGGAAGAGGUGGUGGUUAUGGAAACAGAUUGCAGGGCAGAGUUAACAAGGGGACAUUCCUUUCACAGUUUCAGUAUCAGAAGCUCAUCAGAGUCUGCUCAAGUCAAUCCCAUCACAACCAGUCCUCCUUGUGGAGGAGAAGAAGAUGGUACAAACUGGAGAGGCCCAGGUGGUGGUGGUGAGCUCAAUCCACUAGAUGCUUGGCUACCCAUCACAGAGUCCAGGAAUGGGAAUACCUUUUCUGUUACCUUCCAUUUACUGUGUUCUGGAAUUGGAUUCCAAGCCCUUUUACUUCCAUUUGCAUUUGUCACUCUUGGAUGGGCAUGGGGAAUCAUAUGCUUGUCACUAGCAUUUACAUGGCAACUCUACACUAUAUGGCUCCUCGUUCAGCUACACGAAUCUGAAUCUGGAAUUCGUUACAGCAGAUAUAUCCACCUCGCUGUAACAGCCUUUGGUCCAAAGUUAGGGAAGUUGCUAGGCAUGUUCCCAGUGAUGUAUCUAUCUGGGGGUACAUGUGUGCAAUUGAUUAUCAUAGGAGGUUCCACCAUAAAGCUUUUCUUCAAUACUGUUUGUGACGCCAAGUCAGUGACUGCUACAGAGUGCUUCUUAAUGUUCACAUGCUUAGCCAUGGCUGGGGCUCAGUUUCGCAAUCUGAACUCCAUGGCUAGAGUCUCUUUCAUUGGCACCAUCACGGCAAUUGUCUACUGUACUCUGAUUUGGGCUCUUUCAAUUGCCAAGGGAAGGCAUGAUGAUAUAUCAUAUGAUCCACCACUGCUGGAGUCCAACGUGGAUAGAUUUGGUGGUAUACUGAAUGCACUUGGCAUUAUUUUUCUUGCAUUCAGAGGUCAUAAUGUAAUUCUUGAAAUACAGGGGACAUUGCCAUCAAAACAUCCAACUCGCAAGCCCAUGUGGAGAGGAGUGAUUAUAUCAUAUGCAGUUAUAGCUAUGUGUUUGCUUCCUCUUGCCGUAUGCGGAUUUUGGGCUUAUGGAAACAAGGUACCAUCGUCAAUUGGAGAAAUAUUGAUAGCAGCUGCACAAUUUGGCGGACAUAAAACCUCGAAAUUUGUAUUGGGACUAAUUUGCAUACUAGUAGUGGUUAGCUGCUUAAGUGCGUUUCAAAUCUAUGGCAUGGUAGUGUUUGACAAUUUGGAGUUGAGGUACUCAAGCAAGAAGACGAAGCCUUGUGCAAGGUGGCUACGCGUAGCUUUUCGGAUUUUUUUUGGUGUAUUUGUAUUCUUCAUAGCAAUGGCUUUCCCGUUCUUGAUAAGCUUGGCGGUUCUAAUUGGAGGCUUGGCAUUUCCUUUAACAUAUGCUCAUCCAUGUUUGAUGUGGAUUGCAAUCAAGAAACCAAAGCGAAAAGGUGUCAUAUGGUGUAUUAACAUGGGACUUGGAUGCUUAGGCCUGUCUUUGAGUGUUCUUUUAGUUGUUGCUGCAUCAUGGAAUAUAGCUCACAACGGCCUAAAUGCCAACUUCUUCAGGCCUUAAUCACUAUUUAGGAUCCGUGAGGACGGAGUGUUUUUAUCUCAUUAACACUUGGAGAAAAUGUACUUGGGAAAAACUUCUUCGGGACAUGAAACACUAGUAGAUAUUUCGGCCAAAUCCUUGCUCUUUUAGCACUUUCAAAAUGGCCAUGAGCGCUUGCUCGGCUACUGUUACAGUAGGUAGGAAAGUGCUAGGAGAAAUGAGAGGUGAUCACAUUCAGGAAUUUGUUGCUUUUGAAAUAUUGGAACUGAUGGGGUCAACCUGCCUAGCAUAAAGAGACCGGCUUUCAUUGCUGCACUGGUUUUAUCAAUACGACAUGGUGAAAUAAAUGCUGUAUUGGCAGUAUUGCCAUGUGUUUAAUCCUAUAUCAACCGAACAGUCCCUUUUAUCUCAAUGCUUGAACUUUUAUUUUUUAUUUUUAUUUUUUUGGCAUUAUUAAAUCUUUUGUAUUAGAUAA